CCACCCUGGGCGUGGCUUCCCAGUUGCUGCGGCAACCGCGGCCCAGAAACCGUGAGGGCAGGACGGUAGUGAGGCGCCGGCGAGGGCGGGAUGAGGGAGUUUUGAGGAAUUCGCGAGGCUGGCAGGUCCUUUCCCACUGCAGGCCCAUGGCUGAAGUGCAUGUGAUUGGUCAGAUCGUGGGAGCCAGUGGAUUUCCUAGCAGCAGCCUUUUUUGCAAAUGGGGGAUUCACACAGGUGGUGCCUGGAAGUUGCUGUCAGGAUUCCGGGAAGGGCAGACCCAAGUCGACCACCCCCAGCUGGAUGAUGUGGCUUACUGGUCCCACCCCAUUGACGCCCACUUUGCCACCAAAGGCUUGCAGGGCUGGCCCAAGCUGCACGUCCAGGUGUGGCACCAGGACUCCUUUGGGCGCACAGAGCUGUACGGAUACGGCUUCUGCCACGUGCCUUCCACCCCUGGCUCCCACCAGCUGGACUGCGUCACCUGGCGCCCCCUGGGCUCCUGGCAGGAGCAGCUCUCCCAGCUCUUUGUGGGAGGCGGCCCCCAGCUGCUCAACACUGACCUGAUCUACACGGGCGCCGACCGCUACCGCCUGCAGACCUGCGCCAUGGGCACCGUCCACCUCCAGUUGGCUGUCAUCCUCCGGAACUUCGACCGCUACGGCGUCGAGUGCUGAUGUCUCCCCCACCCUGGCCAGGGCCGCCCCCUCGCAGCCGUUACGGCUCCUUCCCCUUGCCUCGAAGACCGGUACCCUCGCUGCUUGGGAAGGGAGGACUUCUGCAGCCGGGAGCAUCGCGAGCAGGGGAGGAUCUGCUUCAGGGUGAGUCAGUCGCCAGCAGCAUGGGCUGAUGUGGGGCACAGUGCCCUCUCCCUGCUUGAGAAAAGGGCAGCUCCAUUCCACCAGCAGCCAAAGUGUGGAAGCUAUGAGCCAAACGUCCCGAGUUUGGCAUCUCCACUUUGGGGAGAGGAAAGAGGAUGGAACGGAAUUGGGUCAGGAGGCAGAUCUUGUGGAUCCUCAUCUAAGCGGAGCACCUCGCAAGCAAGAGUCGUCGUGACCCCUUUUUGGGGGGGGUGCUGUAAAAUCUCUUUCCCGGUAUGAUUUUUGUCUGGAGGAGUUUGCAGACAGGACCUCUGUUCCCAGUGCUCUUGAAUCUUUGGCAAUGUACAACAUCUCUCCCCCCCCCACCCCCACCCCUGUUUAUUUCUAUAAAGGCUAUUCUUUUUCUCAUUUGCAUUAAAUGGUUUUCUUUUUCCCUCCACAAGGUUUUGCGUAGUGCUAGUGGGAACGAGAACUGGGUGGCUAUCCCAACUACACAAGCAUGCCAUCGUAGUAGGCCUUGUCUGGGCACAAAGCAGAGUGAGGCGGUACGAUGGGCAAUAGGUGCUUUUUUGCCAAU